GAUUUAAGACACUCUAGGAAUCUACUAAAAUUUACUCCAAAAAAGAAUCGGUUGCAGACAGUUAUGUUCAAAAUUACAUCAACCUCGUGUCGAAUCACAACAUUUGUUUCAAACAAAAAGUUAGGUCUUACUAAUUUUUGUUUCCUAUCGAAAAAAAAACUCCCAGCGAAAGUAAUGGAUACUCAAUUUAAUAAAUUUAUCUAUAGAACUACUAGAGAUUUUCAUAAUGACCGAAUUGCUGACGAAUUUGAAACCAAGCCAAUCUAUGAGUCAAGUACUUUGGAAAAAAAUUUUGAUAAAUUAAUUGGAGCCAGUAAAAUUAAACAGGUCAUUGAGAGUGGAUACUAUGUGGAUAAAACAAAAUAUUUCCAAGAAAUGAUUGAAGGAUACCUUGGUUAUUUUAUAAUACGACCAAAACAUUUUGGAAAGUCACUGAUGCUGGAUACCAUUUCUGAAAUAUGUGAAGGAAAAAAAAAUAAACAAUUAUUUAAAAACACUGCUAUUGGACAAUCACCAACAUAUGAAUGGAAAAAGUAUGCAGUUUUUAAAUUUGAUUUUUCAAAACUAAAUAAUGAAUCAGAAGAACAAUUUGAAUUGGCUUUAUUAAAUCAAAUGAAGGAAAAUUGUAAAAAAUAUAAUAUUAAACAUAGAGAAUCUGUUGGCAUAAUGUCACUUAUGCAUGAUAUGCGAGAAGGUGUUGCCAAUCUAAAAAAUGGCUAUGAAUCUAGAGCAGUAGUACUCAUUGAUGAGUACCAAGCACCAUUAAAUAAUUGUCAAAAUAAAAAUAAAAUAAUUCGUAUUAUGCGUCAUUUUUUUUGUAAUUUAAAAGGUAAGGCAAUGGUAUUGGUAACUGGUUCCUCAAGAUUUGGAUUGGCAGAUAUUUUUUCUCCAGCUCAUAAUUUAUUCGAUGCCACACUAUAUGGAGACGUAAGUGCCAUUUGUGGCUUCACAAAAUCAGAGCUGACUGAAGUUUUUGAAGAUAAGAUUACUGAAAUGCAUCGAUAA